AUUGCAGUGAUUGAUUAUUGAGUUGGUGCAAUAAAUUUUAAUAUAUGUCCGAGAUUCAGUGAGUGACUGAAGCACUUGAAAUAAUUCGAAUGUUUUAAAAAUAGCUUAGUGUUCUAGUCACAGUUGUAUAAAUGUUCAGCAAUCUAGUCGUUGUACAUGACGUAGUAAUACAAACAAUUGAGCUCUAUUUCUUCGGAUGCCCUUGAUUUGUCCUUCUUUGAAGAGUCCGUAUAACAUCGCAACGUUUUCUCAUCGAUGAACAAAAUGAGAAAAUUUUGUCAAAAGAAUGUUUUCUAUUUAUCUAAAUUCAUCAACGAUUUUGAAAAUGUUGCGUAAUAAAAAAGCAGAAAAAAAUCAAAACAGUGUCAUAAAAUGCGCAAAUAAUCCUCCUUAGCAGCUCUUACUUCGUAUUGCGAGAAUAGAAAUGCGGAAAUAUUGGCAUAGUAACUCGAGCUGGUUGAAAAGUUGAUCAAUCAAGAAUUCAAAUCGUAAAUUUCACCGUGUAUGUUUUUAUUGUCGAUUGGAUAUUUAUAGCAAACAUAACGAAUAUAGAAAUAUUUUGCCAGUAAGCAUGAUAGCAUGAUCUAUGCGUGUGAUAAAUAUACAAUUAUUAUACAUACACAGCGCAUUCAUUCACUAAAGAUAGGUGUGUGUGUGUGUGGAUGUUGAUGCAAACGGCUACGAUGAUGAUGACGCGGUGACGUUGUCGUCGUCGUCCAGUUUAGCAUAUAUAUCUAUGUGUGGCACGCACUUGUCCGUUUGUUUGCACGUGAACGGCUGUGUAUUUAUAUGUCACAUGUUAAGCACACAGGAAGAUUGAAUGGGCGCUAAAGCUCAAUCUCUAUAUCGUUGUCGGCAAGGACUUGAUGCGAUUUUAUAUUUAGCGUAUUCUCGAUGACGAUUUUGAAGAGUAUUUUGCAUGACCUCUACAAUGAAAAACAUUUUGCUUAGUUCCUCAAUUAGAAGCACAUACAAUUGAAAUGCUGAAUCAUCAGCUGUUCAACUGUUUACUGUCGCCUAAAUGUUGUAUGUACGGUGUACUCUGCGAAAUUCUUCAUUUUCGAUUGUUAUCAUGCUCAAAACAUCGUAAGUCAGAGUCUAGAUCACCGUACAAAACGGUGAUCAGGGUUGAUGUACUAUGAAACGGCCAUCACAUAGGAACUGAGCCAAGGAAGUGAAUUUUAAUGAAAAAUACAGUAGAUCUCGUGAGCUUAUCACUUGGUCCAAAAGUAUUUGUGUCUAUGAUAAGACCGAUACAAUGAAUAGAAUUUUAAAUACCAUAUUGUUUACACGCACAUACAUACACAUUUUCCACUACAUAUCAUACCAAAUGGAAUAUUUUACUGGAAUAAUCAGUGUAUCACAAUAUUGCCACGAAACAGCACAUUCGAAACCAUAAUCGACAGUAGACAAAUAAUGAUUACACUUAUUAAAAAAAAUUCUGUUUCAUGUGUGUAUUUUUUUCCUCCGCUCUACUGAUCUGUGUGUACUCAUCGUUAUCGGGUUGAACACAAACCAAUGGAUUGACAACCAUCACAAAUACUAAUCAUAUAUUUCGAUAAGAAUUAUUGUUAACAUAGGCACAAACACCGCGAAUAUGUCUCGCUUUCGUCGGCAGGCCAAGCUCAACAGUUGUACAAACCGACGGCAUCCAGUCAAGUGUCGACUUUAUUCCAGAACACUCACAAUUCACAUCGAGUGCUAACGAUUUAUUUCACAUUAAUUCUUUUCAAUUUAAGUCGCAUAUGUUGUUGAGUGCAAUUUUUUUUCUAUUUACAAUUUUAAGUAUUUCGGUCAUUUAUUGUUGUAGUCGGGAUUUUGAUCCGGCUGAAUUCUAAAGAAAACUUUUUUUUACACUUUUUUUCGCUACCGAAAUACUUGAAAUUUUCUAAAACAAAAUGCCAGGACCUUUGGAUAUUUUGAUGAGCCAAGUUCGCGGCCACCAACGCAAUGCAUCCGACACCAAGGAGUUUCAUGAAGUCACCAAACGCGACGCAUUGAUGCACUUCGAACUUGAACUGAAAACUCUCUUGAACACAUUGAAAACUGAUGAGCAAAAAAACUUCUAUGACAAUGAGAUGGAACGGUUUGCCGCUUUGUUUGGUCGUUUCCUGCAGGAAGAGGGUCCAAGUGUUGAAUGGGAUAAAAUUCAAAAACUACCCGCAAAUGCUGUCCAAGACUAUGCAACACUCACCGCUCCAAAGGAUGAAAACACUAUUCGUGAGCACCUAAACAAAUUGGUUGUCAUCAAAUUGAAUGGUGGUUUGGGUACGUCCAUGGGAUGCCAUGGGCCAAAAAGUGUGAUCCCAGUGCGUAACGAUUUGACGUUUCUGGAUUUAACGGUGCAACAAAUUGAGACAUUGAACAAAACAUACAACGCCGAUGUCCCGCUCGUGCUAAUGAACUCAUUCAACACGGACGAAGACACGGAGAAAAUUAUCCGCAAGUACAAAGGUUUCCAAGUCAAGAUCUACACAUUCAACCAGAGUUGCUUCCCACGUAUCUCACGUGACUCCAUGUUGCCGAUUGCCAAGGAUUACAACAUUGAAAAUGAUAUGGAAGCUUGGUAUCCACCAGGUCACGGUGACUUCUACGAAUCGUUCCAAAACUCGGGAUUGUUGCGUCAAUUCAUCGAAGAGGGCCGUGAAUACUGUUUCUUGUCGAAUAUCGAUAACUUGGGCGCCACCGUCGAUUUAAACAUUCUCAAUAAAUUGCUGGGCGAAAAAUCGGGCAAACCAAUUGAAUUCGUGAUGGAAGUGACAGAUAAAACUCGUGCUGACGUAAAAGGUGGUACGUUGAUUCAAUACGAAAACAAAUUGCGUCUAUUGGAAAUCGCUCAAGUGCCAAACGAACACGUCGAUGACUUUAAAUCGGUGAAAACGUUCAAAUUUUUCAACACAAACAAUUUGUGGGCCUCAUUGAAAUCCAUCGAAAGCGUAUUGAAUGCCAAAAAAUUGAACAUGGAAAUCAUCGUGAACAACAAGACGUUGGACAAUGGGUUGCGUGUAAUUCAAUUGGAAACCGCUGUCGGUGCAGCUAUGAAAUGCUUCGAAGGUGCAAUUGGUGUGAAUGUGCCACGAUCUCGGUUCUUGCCCGUCAAAAAAACCUCCGAUUUGUUGUUGGUCAUGUCAAAUCUGUACAGUCUCAAAGGCGGCUCAUUGGUUAUGUCACCACAACGUAUGUUCCCAACGACUCCGCUCGUUAAACUUGGCGACAAUCAUUUCAGCAAAGUCAAACAAUUCUUAUCAAGAUUCGCCAAUAUUCCUGACAUCAUUGAAUUGGAUCAUUUGACGGUGUCUGGCGAUGUGACAUUCGGCCGAGGCGUUUCGUUGAGAGGAACGGUUAUCAUUAUUGCAAAUCACGGUGACCGAAUCGAUAUUCCAGCAGGCGCCAUUCUGGAAAACAAAAUCGUGUCUGGCAACAUGCGCAUUCUGGAUCAUUAGAUUAACUCUUACAUAAAAAAGCAGUUGUUGUUGCAUGCAGUUUACAUCUUCUAUAUUUGGGCAAAAAAAACAUGCAGAAAGAGAACGUAGUUUUAAUUGUUGUCUAACUUGAGAGUACUUGAUGAAUUAGAUCGUAAUGAUCGGAUAAUUGUAGAAAAUUAGAGAAAAUAAAAAAAAAUGUUAAGAUUUUAGAGAGGUGUUGAAGUUAGUAGAUCAAUAUCGGCGGUGUACCUGUUGUACGCCUCAGAGUCAUAAUUUUUUGAAGAUGUUCAACAUCCAAUAAGCAAUUAUUUUCAAAUAUUUUAGGCAUGUAGAAUAUUUCGACCAUUUAUUUUUGUACUUUAUUUGUAAAUUGUAAACUAUUUUCUUUCUCAAUCUUCUUGUUGUUCGAAUGAUGUUUGUAUCAAAGUCGCUGGUGCGACGCCAAUCAAUAUCAAUCAAUCGAAUAAAGUUGAACUUCCUCAAAAUACA